CCAUCCCCCGGCGGGAGCCCUGCGCGGCGCGGUGCGGCGGGGCGGGCACCUCGCUCCCCCGCCGCGGCCCGGCCCCGGCGGAACCGCGGAGACAAAGUUUGCAGCGGCGGCGGCGGUGCCCGAGCAGCGCGGGGCAGGCCGGGCGGGCGGCGGGCUCGGUGCAUGCCUGGUGCGUGGAUGAAUCGCAGCAGGCGGCGGCGGGCGGGGGCGGGGGCCGCGGCCGGCGAUUGGGCGGCGCGGCGCUCGGAAGCACUUUGUUUUCUAUUCUAAUGAGGGCGGAGCGGGGCUUGUGGAUAUUUACGUUGAGGCGGGAGCCGCCGCCCUUCAUUCACCCACAUGGUCCCCGAGCCCGGCCGCUGCUGCCGCCGGGACCUGCCUUCGCGCCACUUCCCUCCCCCACCCCCCCCAUCUCUCCCCCCCCAUCCGCCCCGCCGGGGAGCGGCGCGGAGCGGCUCCCCGCCACCGGGCCGGCCACGCCGCGCCGGGGCCGCGAGAGAAGGAGGAGGAGGGAAGAUGGUGGCGGCGGCCGCUGGCUGUAUCCAGACGUGCAGCUGGACGUAAUGCAGCUUUCAGUGGAUGUUGCAGCAGUGUGUUUGCAGAGGAAGUUAGUUUCAAGGGAUGAUGGUGAUGAUCUCCAGGUUUGUACCUCUAAAAAACCAACAUGCUGUACCAAAAAGAUGGAAGAAAGGUAUCAGAUUGCAGCAAAGCAAGAUAUACAGCAAGUGCUUCAAACAUCAAGUGCUACAUUAAAAUUUUUAAUAUCUCAUAAUGCAGCUGCUUUUCAAGAAACCUUUGAAAUGCUUAUCAGACUGGCUGCGAAUUACACAAGCACCCUUUUCUGCAAUGCGUAUAGGACCAUGGCUGCUGAGGCUACUGUGCAUGUGCAGGAGUUUUUCACAGAUGUUGGACUCUUCUUAUUUGGCACAGACGUCAGCACAGAGGAAUUUGUGAACAGAUUUUUUGACACCCUGUUUCCAGUAGUCUACAACCACGUGAUUAACCCUGGUCCGACUGACAUUUCUCUGGAAUACGCCGAGUGCCUCCGAGUGGCGAGCAGAGACAUCAGCCCCUUCGGCAGCAUUCCCAAAAAGGCCAUAGGGCAAAUGGGAAGAUCACUCUUACCCAGCAGGGCUUUCUUGCAGGCUCUGAAUUUGGGGAUUGAAGUGAUCAAUACAACAGAUCACCUGCACAUCUCCAAAGACUGCAGCAGGGCUUUGCUGAGGAUGCAGUACUGCCCACACUGCCAGGGGCUGACGCUGAGCAAGCCCUGCAUGGGCUACUGCCUCAACACCCUGCGAGGCUGCCUGGCUGACCUAGCAGAGGUUGAUCAGCACUGGCAGGGCUAUAUCCAGUCCCUGGAGGAGCUCUCAGGAGCCCUGAGCGGGGCACACGGCAUCGAGCACGUGCUGCUGAACUUCCACUCCCUGGUUCGUGAUGCUCUGGGACAGGCUCGGAUCAAUGGGCCACAGUUAUCUGAGCAGGUGAAUAAGAUAUGUGGUCCUCCUGUAAGGAAGCCUAAACAGUCUCCUGCUUGCUCCCUUGAUCAGAACAAAGAUAAUCAAGGGUUGAAGAUGUUCUCCAGAGACAGUGAGGAAACACUUGCCAGCAGAAGAAAGGCGCUCAUCGGCCGCCUCCGUCCGUACCGAGCCUUCUACGGCAGCCUGGCGGAUCAGCUGUGCGGGAGCGAGCUGGCAGCUGCCGACGGGCUCCCCUGCUGGAAUGGAGAGGAUGUCCUCAGCAGCUAUACACACCGUGUGGUUGGCAGUGGAAUCAAAGCUCAGUCUGAAAAUCCAGAAGUAAAAGUGAAGGGAACAGAUCCUGUAAUAAGUCAAAUUAUUGACAAGCUGAAACAUAUUAUUCAGCUGUUGCAGGGCAAAUAUGACAGAUGGGAUCUCCAACAAGCAGGCAGUGGUGGAGGUGUAGAUGAACAAAUCAGUGGUGAUUGUGAUGAUGAAGAUGGUUGUGGAGAGUCUGGAAGUGGAGAAUUCAAAAGAGUCCUGAAAAUGACAGACCUUUGA